GGCGAGGCGGUUCUUUAGUUUAGAAUUUGUGUCCGAUAGCAGAGGAUUGUUCUUUUCCAGUGAUUUUCGCACUAAAAUUGAAGCUCCAAAAAUCUAGGUCAAGAUUCUUUUUUGCAAUUGUCAAGAAGAUUCGAUUUAGAAAAAUAUCACAAAAAAAAAAAAUUAUCAGCGAAAAAAAAAAAUUGAAAUCAAAUUAUUUGGUUUCAUAUAGGGAAAAAGGGGGAGAAAAAAAAAACAGUGAAGAUCGAUUACACCUUAAUAUCCAAAUACUUGAGGUAGGAAGUCCAUUUGGAAAUCAAAACCAAAUAUAAGGAACGAUAAAAAAAAAAGUUGACUAUGUAAAUCCAAUUUUUUUUUGGGUCGAAAAAAAAAAUUAUAAUCUCGUCUUUUUGGAAUAAGACGAUUUUUCAAGUUCACGCGCGAGUGAUUGAAAGCGAAUCUCACAAACUGGCUCCGGAAGUAAGGAUCAAGCAAAUUGGAAUGAGGGAGGACCUUUUGUCCAUUAUACGGCACACGAGUAGUGAUCAUUUUUCUGAAGAAUUGUAUCUCGAAGAAGUUAGCGAUCCUCAUCUGUGAUAAAUAUUCAGUGCCAUAAAAAAAAAAAGAAAGAAAGAAAAAGUAGAGGGCAAAAGGGUCAGAAAGUAUAUAUUUGAACAUCAGAUAAAUUUUUGAUUUUUUUCGUCUUUUUUUUUUUUCUUUUGUUAUUGUUUUGAGGGGAAAACGGAUUCGAAGAUUAAAGAAGAGCCGAUUAAUCGGCAUUUAAAUAAUUUUCCAUUAACGGGAAUGCCUUGGGUUGCUGCCUGUUUGGAUUUAUUGGCUGGACCCAUUUUGGGUUAUUGUGUUGCUGUUAGAAAAUUAGCAUUACAAGCAGGAAUCAUGCAGGAUGAUGAUGAUAAUGUUAUUGGUGAAAAUAUGAAAAAAAAUUCAACAAUCAUGGCACCUACAAUUGUUGAGGACAAAAUUAUUGAAGAAAUUAAUCAAGAGAAGCCAGUGAGAACUUCAGGGGUGACAAAACCACCUCGAAAAUUUGCUGGUGUUAUAAUUGCGUUUUGUGGUCUUCCAGCACGAGGAAAAAGUCAAAUUGCCCACUCUCUUACUCGAAGACUGAAUUGGAAUGGUGAAACUGCCAAAGUGAUGAGUGUAAGCAACUAUCGAAGAAAGAGACUUGAGCCUUAUGCGUCACAUGAGCUUUUCCGACCAGAUCAUGCUGCAAAUGUUGCCUUAAGAGCCCUGGCACAACGAGAUGCAAUGCAAGAUUGUGCUUCUUGGCUUGCAUCCGGAAAUUCUGUAGCUAUUUUGGAUGCAACACUAGUGACACACGAGCAACGCUCCGAGGUAUACGAUCAUUUUUCCUCACAACUUGGAUAUCGUGUUCUUUUCAUUGAAUGCAUUUGCGAUGAUUCAAUUGUCCUCGAGGAGAAUUAUAGACAAAUUCUUGAAUAUAGCGCUGAUUAUUGUGGCAUGAGUCCGGAGAAUGCGUUAAACGAUCUAAGUCUCAAAAUAGCGCACUAUAAAAUGGCCUAUAAACCAAUGGAAGAAAAGAAUUAUCCAAGAAUUAAAAUUGAUACUGCUACAAUGAAUAUCAGUACGCACAAGGUCACUGGCCAUGUUGAAACAAUGAUACUUGGUUAUUUGGGCAGUAUUCAUUUAAAGUCACACACAUUAUACUUCUCUCGACAUGGCGAGAGUGAGUACAAUGUUCUUGGAAAAAUAGGUGGUGAUGCUGUAUUAAGUGCACGUGGUGAACGUUACGCACAAGCAUUGGCUUCACAUAUUAAUGCAAUGCACAUACAGGAUCUUCGAGUUCUUACAAGUCGUCUUCGAAGAACAAUAGCAACAGCCAGAGGAAUUGAAGCACCACAGGAGCAUGUAGCUGCAUUAAAUGAAUUAAAUGCCGGUGUUUGUGAAGGACUAUCAUAUGAAGAAAUGCAAGAACAAUAUCCACAGGAAUUUGCAUGGCGAGAUCAAGAUAAACUUCGAUAUCGUUAUCCAUGGGGUGAGAGUUAUGUGGAUACAAUGCUGCGUGUUGAGCCUGUUAUUGCUGAAUUACAAGAGGCAAAUAAUGUUUUAUUAAUAUCACAUCAGGCAAUUUUACGUUGUAUUAUUGGCUAUUUUAUGGAUAAAACACCAGAAGAAUUGCCUUAUAUGGAAGUACCAUUGCACACAAUUAUUCGAAUGUCGAGCCAAGGGUAUAAUUAUAAACUCGAAUUUAUUAAACUUCCAAUUGAAUGCGUCAAUACCACGCGUAUGAAGCCUAAAAAUUGCAAUGCCAAUAGAACAUCUGAUGAUGCUUUACUAACUGUUCCAGCUCAUUAUGAUAUUCCAGAUCCCUGGAGAAAUCCCGGCAGUGGUCCCACUCUCGUUCAGCAGCAUUAAUUUGUUUCUUUUUUUUUCGAAAAAGAAUUGAAAAAUUCAAUGAUUUUUAUAAUUUACAUUAUAAUUAUUCGAUUUCAACUUUCUAGGAUUUUCAACCUUUUUUUUAUUAAAAAAGAAAAAAAAAUUCAAAAUCCAUAAUCAUAAUAUAACUCAAAUAAUCUUGAAAUAUUUUUGAAAUAAUUUGUAUUUGAAAACAAAAUAUUAUUUUAGACCAUUUUUUUUUUUUUUUGAAAACAAGAAAGGAAUGAAAAAUUUAAUCGAGAUAACGGAAAAUAAGAACUAUUUUUUUUUUUGAAAGUGGAAUUAAUUCUUGAUUUUAAAAUAAUGGUGUAAUAGAAAUUUACCCUGGCCCUCUACAAAUAAUAGCAGUAUCAAUGUAAAAAAUACUUCGUAGUUUAACUAUAAGUUUCAAUGAAGUAA